AUGAAAGAAACAGAGGUCCUCCACCAGCCUGCACCCCGGGGAAGAAUCCCGCCCUCCUCACUCACUUUUGGCGAGACUGAGCUGAAAGCAGUUCACCAGUUCACCUACCUGGGGGUACAGCUGAAGAAGGGUACGAAGAUCAGUGUCUACAGAGCCGUCAUACUCACCACCCUGCUGUACGGCUCCGAGUCAUGGGUAACAUACCGUCACCACCUACGACUCCUAGAGCGCUUCCACCAGCGCUGUCUCCGCACCAUCCUCAACAUCCACUGGAGUGACUACGUCACCAACGUUGAGGUUCUCGAACAGGCAGAGAUCAUCAGCAUUGAGGCCAUGCUACUGAAGUCGCAGCUUCGCUGGGCAGGGCACGUCUCUAGAAUGGAGGAACAUCGCCUGCCCAAGAUAGCCCUGUACGGCAAACUUUCCACAGGCCACCGUGACAGAGGUGCACCGAAGAAACGAUACAAAGACUCCCUCAAAAAGUCCCUCGGUGCCUCCACAUUGACCACCCCCAGGGUCAAAAACCUGAAGGAGAAACGCCGCAUGAAGAAGGACCGGGAAGCCUCAGCAGCUGUACCAGACCAGACUUUGACUGCAGUCGCUGCGGCCGGGACAUGCCUGUCCCGCAUCGGUCUUGCCCAAGCCACCAGCGCCCUGCAUCGACGUGGACAGCCCCUUUCAUAA